AUGACUACAAAACAGGGUGGUCAAAAGGAACAGUCAACUGCUUGUUGUGAAGUAAUUAAGACCCUGAUAGAAGCUGGUGGAAUUGAUGUUAACAGUAAAACAUCCCAUGGUCUGCUUCCUCUUUGCGUAGCCGUGAGAUUGGGUAGCCUUCCCUUGCUUAGUUUUCUGCUGGAAAAGAAAGCAGACCCAAACAUAUUGGACGCAAUGGACGAAACACCUUUAUCACUUGCUCUAAUUGAAGGUGAUAUGGACAUUGUAAAAGCAUUGGUGGAAGCCAAAUCUAACAUAAACCAUAUAGGUGUUCUUCCAGGAAACAGUAAUGAACAGAAGGCCUCCCUGCUAAGCAGGUUAUUGGAUGAAAAAGGAUCCUGUGCAGAAUUAUACAAAAGAAAAGUACUUCUUAACUUUCUUAUUCAAAAUGGCGCCAGUGUAAAUCUUGACAAAGAGGGCAUAGAUUCUCCUUUGAUCAAAGCUGUAAAACUCUCAACCGUACAGAAGACAGAACAUCAAGAGGUGUCACCUUUAGACUUAGUUAGAGAUCUACUUAAACUGGGAUCGGAAAUUAAUCAUCGAGGCGAAAGAGUACCUUUUCGUCAGGAGGAUGACAUUGAUAUGGAAAUGUGGGAGGAAGUGUCUCUGGAGGAGGCUUUACUUGAUGAGGCUUAUUAUCUUAAAGAUGAAUGUAAAAAUGAAAACGUUGAUGAGGAGAAGGAUUCUUCUGACACCAUAUUUAACUUGUUGUUAAACUCGGAGGCUUCUGUUAAUGUUCAAUCAAAAUGUGGAGCGACACCGGUACACAUUGCAAUCAAACGUAGACGUAGUUACCAUGUUCUGGAGAUGUUAAACCGAAAUUUUGAAGCAAACACCAAGGAUGCGUCGGGCGUAACCUGUGUAAUGCUUGCUGCGGAAUGGGGCGAAGAAAGAAUUAUCAAGGCUCUUAUCAAACGUGGAGCAGAUUUAAAGAUAGAAGAUAAAAAUGGCAAUACAGCAUUGCAUUACCUAUGUCCACCAGAGUCAGCGUUUGACAGUGAAAAGUUUAAAAGUUAUUAG